CCCCCCGACAGCGUCCAGCGGCUGCCAGAGCUGCCGGGACCGGCAGCCGCGUCUCCUGCGCACAGUGCUGAGCGGGCGGGGCGGCGGCGAGUCGGGACAGGACUGGACGGGAAAGGACGGGCGGUCCCCCCGGGAUCAGAAUGGUUGCCCGGGAAAAACAGCAAUGCUGUGUUGGCAGAAUACAGGACAUUUUCUUGAGAUUCAGGAUUGUUCUGGUAGUCCUUUUACUUCAUUUAUUCCUGGCUGCAGCAGGCAAAGAUCAGAAUUUCCUAGGACAAUACAAAGCCAUCUUUAAGACUGCAUGUGAAGAUCCUUGGACUAUGUCAACAAGAGUUUCUCUCCGUCCCUUGAAAGAAUUCAUUGUCUGUGUGCACCUCAAGCUAUAUUCCUCUAAUAGUUCCUGGACAGCUUAUGUGUACAGUCAAGAAGCAGCUCACAGCAAUCUCUCUACAACUAUCUAUGACCUUGGACUUACAGGAGAUGAUGGUAAAUUGAGGAUAUGGUUGUUUGGAAAUCAAAUAAGUACAACAAUAAGACUUCAUGAAAACACUUGGAAUCAAGUAUGUAUCCAGUGGAAAAGUGAAGAUGAGGAGAUGAAGGUAUUCAUAAAUGGAUCAAAGAAAGCAAACAAAAAACUACCUGGGAAAGUUACAUUGCCUGGAAAAGGGCAGUUCUUACUUGGCUGCUCCAAGCUGCCAGGUACAGCUGUGUCACCUGAGCUGGGUAUGACUGGGGAGCUGUACAUGUUUAGAAUGUGGGAUAAAGCAAAUAUAAAGCAAUCCAUGGACUGUGAAGAUAGUGGUGUUAUAGGCUGGAGAAAAGUGGAUUGGGUCUAUAAUAAGACAGCAGAAGAGGAUAAGUCUUUGUCAUGUGUUGAAACUACUGCUACGUUGCCUGUCAGAAAACAGAUAACAGGUGAAAACUCAGGAGAAUCAGCUGGAACAACCAUUUCUGGUGUGACUUCAGAGGAGACUACACAAAUUCCAGAUGCUCUUAACGUCACUGAUUAUUACUCCACCAUAACACCAGCAGAAGAAACCAUUUUAUGCAACGUAACACCUGUCUGUAAUUUUUCAGUAUUCUAUGUGGGCAGUGUAAAACUUAAGGCAAAUGAGGAGACUAACACGUCACUAAAUGUAGAAAUAAUUAAUAACACAACCAUCAAGAAGCAAGUUACAAAAUUAAUUGCAAUUCCAGCACCUACCCCCCAAGGAAUGAGUGUUUCAGAGUUCAGAAAAACCUUGCAAGCAGUAAGCAAGUCUUCUGUUAUGGAAUGCAGAUCAGAAAACCAGAGUAUGCACUGCAAUUUCAUAAUGAAGCUGGCUGAGAGGGAGAACAUAAGCAGUUUAACAGAGAAAGCAAACAUACAUCUUGAACAGUGCUGCUGUUCAUCACCGAAGUAUUGUUCCUUAACUGCUGAAGAACUGAAAAUGUAUACUAUACGAGUGCCACCUUAUUCUGUAUGGGUUCCUUUCACUCCUUUUCCUUCUCUCUCUAAAAAGACUGCUCCCAAUUCUAAUACUUUUAUUUCCGCCCCUACGCUUUCUACCAAACAAAGCUCCACAGUUAUACCGCUGAUGCCACCAUUCACAGAAAACUAUUUUUCUGAAACACUGUCCACAUCUCCCACCACAAGUCCUCUCUCUGAAACUUCUGCCACACCUACUACUGAAACUGCUGUGUUUCCCACCAGCAUUACCACUACACUUUCCUCUUCUGAGUCUUUUGCUGAACAUACCACACCAACUUUUCCUUCUACAGCUUCUGAUAAAUCUGUCACUGUUCCCACACCUGCAGCAAAACCUGCCACUACUGCUGCUUUCUCAGUGAAAUCUCAUACUUCAUAUUUUAGCAAGCCUAUUACAAUAAUUUCUCCUUCUGUAGGUUUUAGUAAACAUCCUGCAGUUCCCUCUUCCUCUUCUGAGAUUUCCCCAAAACCUCCUGAAGCAAUUACUCCCUUUGAGACUACUACCAAAUCUGUUGCACAUCUUGCCACAGAGUCAACCCAACCUAAUUCUGGUAACAAAAAAGUUACUACAGCACCCAUGCAGCACCUUCCCCUUCCUCCUUUCACAGUAACUUUGACCCCUACUGUUAGUCCUAUCAGCCAUUCUGUCUCAGCUUCUCAUCCUCAUCCCACUGCAGACAGCCAUGGUAGCGUGCCUAAUGGAAGCACAGGAAAGGUACCAUCAACUACCACACACGCAACUUCUUCAUAUACCACCAUCGAUAUCACCACAGCUGAGCAAAUUGUGUCCAAAAUAGAAGGUGAUUUAGCAGCUGGAAAAGUAGAGCCAAAAGAUGUAGAAAGGAUGGUUAGUGAGGUUAGCCAAGUUCUGACUGCUUCUCAACAAUUACCACCCCGAAUUUCUAACAGAAUUAUAAAACUGGUGGAUUAUAUUGGCUUAAAACUGAGAUUUUCAGCAACGUCUGCUGAUUUUGCCUCCCCUUCCUUGGCUCUGGCUGUUGUCAAAACCAACAUCAUCCGCUCGGAACAGAUGUCUUUUGCUGUCCAGGACUCAGCUGAUCUCCAGAUCUCUCUAGGCAUUAAUGCAAUUAAUGAUUUAAAUAAUCUUGGAUCAAUUACACUUCCUUCAUCAUUGCUGAGAAAUUUAUCGCCUGAAGAAUCAGAACUGGCUUCUAGAAUUAUAUUCAACUUCUUUAAAAAGACUACUGUGUUUCAGGAUCUGUCUUUGAAAAAUGCAUCUUUAAUCAGCAAUGUUAUAUCAUCAAGUGUUGCUAACCUCACAAUUAGGAACUUAAAAGAAAAUAUUACUGUCAUUUUACAGAAUAUCAAACCUAAUCAGGAUAAUUCAACAGUUAGAUGUGUUUUUUGGGACUUCAAGAAAAAUGGUGGACAUGGAGGCUGGUCACAUGAAGGUUGCAUAGUUAAAGAAAGUAGAGUAAAUGAAACAGUCUGUUCAUGCAACCACCUUACAAGCUUCGCAGUUUUGACGAACUUCUAUGGAGUGACUCAAUUGGAUCCCAAAGAAGAAUUGGCGCUGACUUUUAUAUCUUAUAUAGGCUGUGGCAUCUCUGCAAUUUUUCUGUCUAUUACUCUUGUGACCUACAUAGCCUUUGAGAAAAUCCGGAAAGACUACCCCUCCAAAAUCCUUAUACAGCUGUGUGCUGCAUUACUUCUGCUCAACUUAGCGUUCCUCCUUGACGCAUGGAUUGCACUGUAUCAUCAGGAAGGCCCAUGCAUUGCAAUUGCAGUCCUUCUUCACUAUUUCCUCUUGGUUUCCUUCACCUGGAUGGGCCUGGAAGCUUUCCACAUGUACCUGGCCCUUGUGAAAGUCUUUAAUACCUAUGUACGGAAAUACAUUCUUAAAUUCUGCAUUGUUGGUUGGGGGUUACCAGCUGUAGUUGUGUGCAUUGUUUUGGCAGUAUCAUCAGAUAACUAUGGGCUUAUAACUGCUGGGAUGUUUUCAAUGAACAGACCUGAUGAAUUCUGCUGGAUUAAAAGUGAAAUUACCUUCUAUACUGCUGCUGUGGGAUACUUUUGCGUGAUAUUCCUGAUCAAUAUCAGCAUGUUCAUUGUUGUGCUGAUCCAGCUCUGUCGUAUCAAAAGGAGAAAACAACUCGGUGCUCAAAGGAGAACCAGUAUUCAAGACCUUCGGAGUGUUGCAGGACUCACCUUCUUGUUGGGAAUUACUUGGGGACUUGCUUUCUUCGAAGUAAAUGAGGUUUUUACUUACCUCUUUACCAUUUUCAACACUUUGCAAGGGUUCUUCAUUUUUAUCUUCUAUUGUGCAACAAAGGAGAAUGUCCGUAAGCAGUGGAGAAGAUAUCUCUGUUGUGGGAGAUUCAGGCUGGCAGAAAACUCUGACUGGAGUAGAACAACUACUAAUGGUUUAAAGAAGCAGACUGUAAGUCAAGGAGUAUCUAGUUCUUCAAAUUCCUUACAAUCAAACAGUAACUCCACUAACUCUACUACACUACUAAUGAGUAGUGAUUAUUCAGUGCACACAAAUGGAAAUGGCCAUCUUUCCAGUGAAAAGAAUGGUGUUUUUUUCACUGUACAGACUGGUGAUGUAUGUCUCCAUGACAUUUCAGGAAAAUUUGUAUUUGAAGAAAAGGAUGACACAGGCAGCCAAAUAAACCAUAUCUCACUCAGAAGGACUUCCAAGAGAGAAAGCCUAAAUUCUAAUGAGAAAAUGUGAUUCGCUUUUAAACAGCACGUUGUUAUAAAGUGUGAAGUAGAGAUUUACUUUACAGUUUUACAUAAUGUGAGCAGACCAAGAACUGAUUUUAUUUAAUAUAUGGUACUGGAACUUGAAGGCAGCCAUGCAAUGGAUGGACAAGGACAGUUAUGGAGUUAAAAAAAAAAA